GUUCUUCGGCCACGUGGCCCAGCACAACGUCGCCCCCUCGGCGCCCUCCCGCGAGCCGAGGGGCAGGGCGGCGGCGCCCAGGCGUCGCCUCGGCUUCGGCGUCUGGAGGUGGAUCAUCCGCCCGCCGAGGGCGGAGUACACCGUCGACGACCUCGGGCCCGAGGCGUUCAGCAUCCCCGACGCGGAGGGCAAGUUUUGCCGCGAGGACGUGCAGCUUCAGAGCUCGCGCGGGGAGAGGCUCGAGUGCAGCCACUUCCGGGCCCUGCCCGCGCGUACUGGCGCCCCUGCGCCGUGCGUGGUCUACCUGCACGGCAACUGCUCCUCGCGUCUGGAGGCCCUCGACGUGCUCGACGAGCUCCUGCCGCGGGGCUUCUCUGUGUUCUCAUUCGAUUUCGCCGGCUCUGGGCAUUCGGAGGGCGAGUACGUGACCCUGGGGCACAACGAGGAACAGGACUUGAAGGUGGUCCUGGACCACCUGAGAAAGUCUGAGGGCGUUGGGCCCAUCGCGCUGUGGGGCAGGUCGAUGGGUGCCGCCACAGCAAUCCUGCGAGCCGCCGAAGAUCGCGAGCUCUCAGCGUGCGUCCUGGACUCCCCUUUCUGUAGCUUGCCCGACGUGGCGCGGGAGUUGGCACAGAGCAGGAAGCUGAAGGUGCCCGAGAUGAUGGUCGGCGCGAUCCUGAGGCGCGCCCGCAGCGAUAUCAAGGCGAGGGCCCACGUCGACAUAGAGGACCUGAAGCCCAUCGAGUUUGCGCCAAGGGCCACGGUCCCGGCGCUCUUCGCGGUGGCAAAGGACGACGAGUUUGUGAGGUCUCAUCACACCUAUGCGCUCCACGACGCCUGGGGCGGCGAGGAGCGCAAGCUCGUGACGCUGGGCGGCGGCCACAACAGCUCCCGCCCGCGCGAGUUCCGAGCACACGCCGCGGCUUUCCUGCACGCGCAGCUCGGCAGGCCAGCGGCGGCCACUGCCCUGCCCGUGCCGCAGACCCCGCCGCUGCCGCCCGUGGCCUGCCAGCUCAGCGACGACUGCGCCUCCCUGCUCUCCACGCGGGCGCCGUCGCCGCGCGCGGAGUCGGAGCCCGACGGGUCCUCUCCGCCCGAGUCGCCGCGGUGGUCUCGGCUCGUCACGUGCGGCCGCACGCCCUCGGACCGCUCCGCGGGGCCGCCGCCGGCCGCCCGCCGGGCCGCCGCGGGCGGGGCCGCGCUCGGCGCCUGCCUGGGCGGCUGCCUCGCGGGAGUCCGGGCGGGGCUCGCGGGGGCGGCCCCCGCGGGCGCAUAG